CACGCUGGUCUGGAUAUAGCUGGAAAGGCUGUUGAUGCCAAAACAGGUCUGGCCGGUGGUAUAGCUCAUACCGUGUUGGGAGGAGCUGACAAUCUGUUUCACCAUAAUAUGCCACACAUACCCCAUCAUAUACCCCAUUUCCCCAUUCCCCAUAUUCCUUAUGUGCCACAUACCGGGCCAUCGCAGUUGACUGAUCCGGCUGACGCCCAGUACUACGGCGUCCGAAACUCGCGGGACUUUACGAGAAAAGUAGUUUUGGUUACAGUUACCAACUCAGGCUUGGCUGAGGGUACAAUCAAACUGUUUUCCAUAUUAGGAGCUAGCCUGGUCAUCACCGGUACUAAUGGCACCUACAUAAAUCAGCUGGCUCAAUCUGUCCAAAGUUAUUCCCCUACAAAUCUUAAGCCGUUGCCAGUUGUCGCGGAUUUGACCAAAACGGCUGAUAUCCAGAACCUGUUCACACAAACCGUACAAACCUUUGGAAAGUUAGAUGUUUUGGUAAACUUCGCGAACAGCUAUGCAUUGUUGAACAUAACGGACCCCAACCUUAUGGCCAGUUGGGACCAGACCUUCCAAAAUGACUUGAGAUCCACGGCUGAACUCAUCCAACAGGCCGUCCCAUUGCUCGAGCAAACUAACGGCUCGAUCACUAAUGUGGCCACUAUUGCUGGUGUGGCACCGGUGGCCGUGGAGUUGGCCUACAGUACCGCCAAAGCA